AGAUUUUUCUUCGUGGACGUAGCUUGCUGCAAAACCGUAAAAAAUUGCAAAUCUAUUGAAAAAACUAACCAAUUUCGAGAAUGCGAAGUCCCUCGGCAGCAGUUUCGGCAAUGCGAAGGAUUUGUCUGAUAUAAUGACUGGCAGCUUCAAGGUGCAACUCAUCAACAUGGGCACUCGCGCUGCCGCCUUUCAGGCAAAACUGAGAGCCCUUCAUGAAUACCACGUUCGUCUACUGCACAACGUCUUGCCUGCGCCCUCUGGCGUCGAUAUUGCUAACAAUAUCAAAUACUUUUCUCAAACUCUACUGACUGUCCUUAAAGAUGUGCGCACCUCGCCGCACGAGCUUAUCCGCGAUCCUCUCGAAGAUCCCACUCGCAUGUCUGCCUAUCCCAACCUCGAGUAUGGCAACCUCUACAAUGCUCUUACAAUGCUCAUCGAUGUGGCACCUUGCAUCCAGUACGGCCAAAUCGUCUUCGGAAAAGCUCUACUGCAGUGCCUAAGCUGCAUCCUUCCCUUUCUGGACAAAGAUCUUAUCGAUAAUCUACCCUAUCUUGUAAGCUCUACUAUAUCAGUACUACCACCAGCGUUGCACCAAUGCAUCAUCAACGCUCUUUGCUACUAUAUCUUGCCUUUUACUAUAACUCGUCGUAGCUCCGACGAACAGGAAUGUCAGGCCUGCCAGUCAGUGUCGUCGGUCAUCAUGAUGGUGCUGCAGUACUCCAACAAUCCAGCUCAUCAUUGCCAGCUCCUGGAGUGCCUGAUGACCCUUAAACACAAUGUGGUCAAGGACAUCCUCUGCGUUGUGGCCUACGGAACCGCUGUUUCCCGAACCUCGGCUGCUAAGCUGCUAUUUUACUACUGGCCAGCCUUCAACGCCAAUCUAUUCGAUCGCAAAGUUCUGCUCUCCAAGCUAACCAACGACCUAGUGCCCUUCACCUGCCAAAGGGAGCACUGUCCGAACUCCGGGAACGCGGAGGCAGCGAAGGUGUGCUACGACCACAGCAUCAGCAUCGCAUACGCCCCCGACUGUCCGCCGCCCCUUUACCUGUGCAUCGAGUGCGCCAACGAGAUUCAUCGGGAGCACGGGAGCCUGGAGUUCGGCGACAUCCUGCAUCCCAUGCAGCAGGUGUCGAUGGUCUGCGAAAACAAGAACUGCCGCUCCAACGAGAAGUCGGCCUUCUCCAUCUGCUUCUCCACGGAGUGUGCCAGCUUCAAUGGCAACCACCCGAUCCGCUACUGCAGCCAGUGCCACAGCAAUAGGCACAAUUCCCGGCGAGGAGGCGAUCACGUGGUCCAUCGGAGUCUGCAGCCCGCCUGGCAGAUGGAUCCAGAGAUGCAGAUGCACAUGGUGGAGUCGGUGGUGAGCCUUCUGCGAGAGGCGAAGCCGUUAAACUUUGAGCCGGGCAAGGAGUCCUUGUCGUCCGAGUCCAAGAAGAACGGCUCCGGCAUUACAGCAGACAAUAUUUCUCUGGAGGAGCGUCAGAGACUGGGACGUUAUGGUAUCUGGCUACUGGUGGGUCGCUGUACUCCCACUGCAGAUACUCCCGUGGAAGUUCUGGGCAGGAUUCUGAGCAUGCUCUUCCACUGGUUUCAUGUAACCGCUUACUCUUAUGAUGCUGCCGGACAAGUGGAAAGUACCAUUGAGAAGCUCAAAGUUGAUCACGUGUGCAACUGGCUCAAGGACAUCUGCCGUAUCCACUACAACGUCUUCAUCUCCUGCCUGCUGCCACAUCCCCCGGAGUAUGCCCGUGUUGGAGGCCAUUGGGAGACCUUGGCAUCGCGAACAAGUCACUUAAAGGAAGGUCUUCAGCGACUCAUUUGCCUGGUGCCGUACGAGGUCAUCACCUCCGAGAUUUGGGACUAUGUAAUGCCGCACUGGAUGGAGGCCAUCACCAACGACGUGGCCGAGAAGGAACUGAACGAGCUGAAGAUUGUGCUCAGCAAGAUACUCGACCCGGAGAUGUCUCCCCUGGGCUUUGAUGCCAAAACCAUGUACAACUUUGUGGCCAUUCGAUUCGAGAAGACAACGGCAAAGGUGCAGCAGCAGGCGCUCCACUGGCUGCAGAUCCUCACCAAGCUAGAGAUCCUCAUCCCACUGGUGCAGCUGUUCGCCAUGUUCGGCGAUGGCGUUCGCAUAAUGAAAUACGGCAUCCAGCAUGAGCUGAUGCGCGAGAAGGAUGCCCAAUCUCAAUCUCAGUCCCUGGCCAAGGCUCCCAAGACCCCGUGCAAAGAGAGCAAGGAGACCAAGGCGGAUAUGGCCAAUCCGCCUAGGCGUAGCUCUAUUUCUCCUGUUGUCGAGGAUGACUCUGGCAAUACGUCUGCCAUUUCCGACGACGAGGCUCCCACGAAUCGUCACACGGAGUUCUCAACGGAUGCAGAGCACAACCUCACCUGUUGCAUCCUCAUGCUGGACAUCCUUCUGAAGCAAAUGGAACUACAGGACGUGGAGCAGCACAUGGGCAUCCACACCAGUGUCUGCGAGAACGUCUCCAGACUUAUCAAGUGCAUGGUUACUGCAGCUCGAGUGGGCCUCAGUAGUCACGUCUGCGCCUUAAAGGUGGCAGAGUGUGCCUAUUGCGAGGCUUCCAUCAUGUGGCAUCAGCUAGCUACCAAGUUGGUCCAGUUCAUGGCCCCCUUGAAUCCAGUCCGGCCACCAGAUGUUCCCAUCGAGGACAUCAUUGAAGAGGAAAAGUCCUCGCGGAAAUCUCCACCCGAAUCCGACAAGGAAAAGACCCGUGAUCGAGAUGUUUCCCUCUCGAUGGCUCCCCUACCCAUUCCCUUGGGGCCUCUAGGAGGAUUUGCAGAUAUCUUUAAGCUAGAUCAAUUCUUUUCAGACGAUGGAAAAAUUAUUAUAAUGGCAGGUCCUGUGCCGGUGGCCGUGCCCCAACCAGAGCCGCACUCCGUGGGCGGAGUGCUCGUCCACAUGCCCCACGUCUGUUCCAAUAACGAAAAUGGGCAUUCAGUUGAUAGUAAUGAAUUGAGAAAAGUUCACGCCACAGACGAGAUCAUGACGGCCACGGUAGAAACAGUUUCAGAGCAACUCGACCUGGCCUCCAUCCUGCCCACAGACCGGGCCAUAGCCCGCUCUAUAACCCUUUCCGAUGCGGACGUGGGCAGCGCCAAUGUCAGCGUGACCAAGGCCUCGGUCAUGGGUGAGAACGGUGCCAAUGGCGGAGCGGCCUGUGGCGGCGGGGAGAACGGGAGCGGAUCCGAGGAUGACGAGGAGGAGGAGGACAGCGACGACUUCUGGCACACCUCUGUGGGAAAGUUCAAGUUCACCCUCGAUACGCUGCCGCAGCCACUGCAGUACAUCCAUCAACUGCUCACGGAAAUACCUACCAUCAAGAAGCCUGAAAUCCUGUACUACGUUCUGCAGUGCCUGAACACGAUGGCUUUGCAUGGCGAUGCUUUGGCCAAGGCGGCGAGGGAGCAACGAGGCUUCUUCAUCUGGUGCCAGGAGAACCUUCUGAUCAAGAACCUUUGGGAGCUAUGCAACGCGGAGCACUCUCACAUAUGCCAGGUGGGCGUGCCGCUGCUGCUGCACUGCAUCACGCUACCACUCGGAUCGGAUGUGUUUUGGCGUGUGGUGCAGGAGGCUUUCCACGACACGGACUGGCGCGUCCGCUUCACGGCAGUGGAGCGAGUUACCGUGAUUACCCGCUUCAUGGACUCCACUCCCCUGCGCUCCGAGGUGGGUCUUCAGACGGCCCUGGCCACCGCCUUUUGCCACCUGAUCGCCAGCAUGGACGACGUCAAUGUGUACGUGGCGCAGCGGGCGACCCUCUACAUUGGGACAAUCCAUGACACGGCAAUUCGGUCGCUGCUCUUCUGCCUUGAGUCCCAGUUCGACCUCUUCAUCGUGGACCGUCCAGUGGUGCUGCAGUCGGUCUACCAGUUGCACAACUCCCUGUCCGAUCGCAAAAUGCUCGGCUGGGAGUUUUUCCUGAAUCGAUUCGACACGCUCUUCGUGGAGGCACAGAUCAAUCUGGAGAAGUGCGGCGACAUCUCAUACCUGCGGGAUCUGCGGAACUCGGACAACGGCAGCGAGGCCCUCUCGGCCAAGAUUCAGAAGGCGAGGGAGGCUCUCAGCCAGUCGGACACCAGUGGGGGCAUGGCCAAGACGCUUAGCGCUUCUUUCGGCACGAAGUGGCCCUAUAAGCGAACCAUGUCCGCUCCUGCCAGCAUGGCUCCCAGACAGGACAGCAAGUUUGUUCCGGAGAAGGAGAAGAUCUACAGCCGCCAGGUCUCAGCGCCCAUUCUCAAGCGGAAGACCUCGCGCUUCGGACUGGGUCAGUUCCUGGGCAGUAGUAGUGGGGGGGCUUCUGGCAGUAGCCAGUCCGUGAACCCAGCAGCAGCGGCAGCGAGCUCCUCGCGACCCAAGCCGCCGCCUUGUCCCAUCCACCAGCCAGGCCACACGGCCUUUCCCUAUCACACCCACCACCACCAUCCACAUGCCCACCACCCGUACCCUCACCCCCAUCCACACCAUCAUCCGCAUCAUCAUGCCGGUAGUAGUGCAUACUUAGCCUCCACCGCCACCGCCUCCACUUCGGCCGGUCUAGUCUCGACGCACAGCCAGAGCCACCAGUACCUGGUGCAUUGUGUGCCCCCCAGUCACCACAGUCCGAUGCCAACGCUGCAGGAGGCGGAAACACUGCUCCGGUCCCAGGCGGCCGCCGAUGCCGCCGCAGCAAGUGGAUCACUGGGUGGAUCCCUUGGUCAUCCGGGCCAGGAAGCAGCGGCGGUGGGAUCGGGCACAGCCGGAGGCAGUACGGGAAACCCGAAUCCCCAUCACUCCUAUCACUCCCACUUCCAAAAGCAUCCGUCGGCUCCCAACCUGCUGCCCCCGCCGCCGGCCCCCAGUCCCAGCCCCUCGAGUCUGGCCUUCCCCAUGCACUGCACCUGUGAUGCCGCACCACAUCCGCAACCUCAGGUCUCGGGUGCGGCGGCCACCGGCAGCGCGGCGAACCCAGAUGGUCAUAUCCACUCAUUGGGGGGCUUGAACGACGACAAUCUCAUUGGACUACUUUCGAGAAUCACGGAACUGGAGGAGUCAGAUCGGGAAACCAUUCAUCUGCUGGUUUUUAUGCUGAUGCAGUUCAUGUCCCGUACGGAUCAGGCAUAUCCCUCAGAGGAGAAACCGAUGACCAAGACCCAAAAUAUUGUACUCAAGCACCUGUUUCUACUGCUCGGUCACAACCAAAUCGACAAGACCUUCCAUACCACUCCGGAAUCUCUAAGGGUUUCGGCCGUUUUCAAUGCGUUCUUGGCCAAUCUUCCGCAGGUUUUGGACCAGAACCACUUGAUCGGGGGCCUCAUCAUGCCCUCGGUCAUGCAAAUCAUUCUCUAUGCGCCAAAUCCAACAAGCACCUCGGGCGAAUCCUACCAGAACAUAGUCUUCAACUAUUCCCUGUGGCACCUGGAGCAGUAUCCGCGUCGCAACUGGCUCUUCACUUUGCUGGUGGUGCUCUACAAGUACUCGUACACUCAGCCUCCUCUUAGUGGAUACGUCAUCGCUGGGAUCCGCUUGAUCAUGAACAGCUUGCGGGGCCACUUCCACCAAUGCCGGCGCAUUCCGACCACCACCAUUCUGGACAUUCAAGGCGUAGGCGGCGCUGCUCGAUCCCGCGACGUCAGCCAGCCCUCGCUUGGCACGGAUCCGGACGACAAAGAGGCCAGUCCGCCGGCCAGCCCAAUGUUUCCCUCGGAGGGAACUAGUGCCGCCUCCAAGAGCAAGGGUAAUGUGGCCUUCACUCCGAAAUUGCAGCACGCGUUCCGGAAGUACAACGACUCCAGCCUAGAUGCAGAUGAAACGGAAUCGGAGCUGGUGGCCAUUCCGGAGAGCGAUCUCUCUGACAGCACUUUACACGGUAGCAGUGCCCCGGGAUCCUUUGAUGAUACCAUACAUUUUGAGGAUGUCAUGCCACGCAACCGUCGAACCCUUGAAUACACCGAAGAGAAAUCCACAAAAUCCCACAAGUCCAUGAUCACCACCAAGGUCGGCGAUACGUACACUACCAAAAUCAAGGCCACCACUACCAGUGAGACUUUGGUGACCACACACACCAGGCACAGUUUGCAGGAGGGUGUUCGCAUGAUCGUCACCCCCUUGGUGGGCGCGGAAACCACGGAGACGGCGAUUGUUAGUCCUCCAGUAGAUGUCCAUCGUGCUGUGACCGUGCGCAACAAGUCCCUGGAGAAUGCAGCCGCCUCCACAUCGAAGAUGUUCGCCGCCAUAGCUACGAAUCACCUAAAGGCACUGGGCGCUUUGCAGGAUAUGUCUCCGGCAGUGGACAGAAAAGCCGGAUCCAGCAGCGGCAGUGGAAGUCGAUCGGCCAACGGAAACGGUAGUGGAGGAAGUGCCCCAGCUGCUAUCCAGGCAACUUCCUCGACAGCUGCUAGCAAGCCCAUUGGAAGGCAUAAGACGAUUGUGGAGUGCAGUGCCGGGAACUCGAGCUCCUCGGCCGAUGAUUCGCGCCAAAAGAAGUCGCAAACUAAAUCUCUGAGACGCACGGAUAAGAACUACGGCUCGCCGGACUCACCACUGUCCAAGAUGAGCGUGAUGCCGAAUCCAAGAGAUGAAAUGGAUGAGAGUAUGCAGAGCUUGCCGCCGCCCAAGAGCAUUGCUGCCUUGGAGAUUCCCACUCCGGAGCGUCUCCUGCCCAUCGGAACCCAGGACACGGUGGCCACCCUAGUGGAGCGGGUGAGAGAUGGCCUCAACCUGCCGGACAUCAGUCAUCUCAAGCAGGACAGCCUCGAUGUGUCGGAGAGCACCAAGGAUGACGUAACACCGAGCAGUAGGACAAACUCUCCCCGGCGGCUCAUAAAGCAGGUGGCUCUGGAAUCUCCUCCGAAUCCAAAUGCUCAGCUUCCAUCGCAACCCUCAGCCGAUUUGCACACCUCUAUUCUCAAGAAUGUGCAGCAGGACCUGAAACAAAAUGCCCCCGAAGGAAAUGGGCUCACCACCAGCAAUAGUAUCAAGCGUCCUCGUCAAAAACUGGCUCCCUUCAAUGUGGACAGCAAUGCUAUUCCGGAUAUUCGAUCUCGGUUUGCUGGUUCCUGGCCACCGCCUCCUUUUCAGCCCGUGGAUCCCGAUCCCGAUGAUGAUGAUGAGAUCGGGGCAGAGGCCUCCAAUGGGCAUGGAACCCACUCAACCCCUCAUGCUCCUCGUGGGAGCUCUCGACGUGUUGGAGAUUACACCAUCGUGGAACGCUGCUCCGACUGCGGCGCCCACAUUGAGGAAUACACGGAUGAGGAGAUUGGCAUCUUCAUUGUAAUCCUAGGGACCUUUAUUCAUCGAGAACCCGCCAUGGCAGCACCUUUCCUGCCCGAGAUUCUUACCAUGACUUCGCGGAUCUGCCUAAGUAGCACCCAUGCCUGGCAAGGCGAGAAUGGCCCACCUUUGGCCAGCAGUGCCCAGGCGGUGGCCUGUCAGUUCUUCCGCUGCGUGCUUCACCAGCUGGCACCUAAUGGAAUCUUCUUGCAAGUAUUCCAAACCCAAAUGAAAAUGAAAAUCCGCCACCACCAUUUUCGCAGUAUUGCCAAAGCGCUGCAGGAUUUCCAGGACUUGAACUCCACCAGUCCCAUCUACAUGGUGUGCGAGUCACUGACGUCCAAGAAGGCAUUACCCAUUGACCAGCUACCGGUGAUUUUCCGCAACAUGGCCGAGUAUUUGAAUCUCCAGUGCGUCCCCACGGAAGCGGGCGUGGGCUUAGCCGUUUGGUCACAGGCCAUGCAGGCCAUGGAGUCGCUCCUUCGCCAAGUAAUCGUCAUCAUGCCCAGUCUGACCAAUGCGGAGUACAUGCUGGACAUCGUGGCGGCAACCUUGAGGCUCAACUGUGUGCCAAAAACGCUGCUUGAUCCGUACUCCAAGAUCAUGGCCUAUUGUGUCCAGCAUACAAAUCUGGAAUACCAAACGCUAUACGAGCUUUGUACUCUGAACAUUAGAUCAUUUAGCAAGGAUCGGGACAAGAACUUGCUGUGUCGUCAAAUGAUCUUUGAGUUCGUCCAGGCUCUGAAGUUUAAAUCGAAUAUUCCGGACCACAAUCUACUCACCAUUAUUGGUUUUGUGCUCCUUGAUGCUGGCGGCACUCUGCCGCCAGGUGCUGCUCCUGGUUUGCCUGACGCGGCUCCUAUGAUGACCACCAAUUCUGCUGAUUGUUUGAGACAGUAUAUCAACGAUGUUAUUGAUUUUCUGGCCGAUUUCCACACCCUUAGCAAGAUUAAGAACUUUAAGAACGGCCAGACGAGCAGUGGACUGGGUGAAGACACUUUGGGCGGAGUCCUCAAGGGAGCAGUGGCCCAAUAUUUGGCUCUGGAAAUGUCGCGUGGUAAUUCAAGGGACAACAAAGCAGUUUCUCGCUACCUUCCCUGGUUAAACAAUGCACCAUCGUCCCUUCAGCAAGGACCCAAGGAGUUCACUGAGUGCGUGGGUCACAUGCGCCUGCUGUCUUGGUUGCUACUUGGCUCCCUCACUCACAUGGCUCUGAUGCAGCGGCGUCAGGAGACGCAUAGCAUUCCUACGCCCUUGCCGCAGCAGAAUAGUCAGGGAACCGGUCCUACAGCCAGUGUACAUUAUCAGCAUCAAGGAGUAACCUAUUCGCAACCGGUGCCACAGGAAGCCUCUUGCCACAUAGCCGAUCACAUUCAGGUGAUCUUUGCCGGAUUUGCGGAGCAGUCCAAGACCUCCGUGCUGCAUAUGUCCUCGCUAUUCCAUGCGUUCACUCUCUGUCAGCUAUGGACGGUAUACUUGGAGCAGAUGGCCCACAACACCAAUAGUAACGCGGAGGGCAGCACGUUGGGCGUUCUUUUUGAGUUCUGGGCGAAGGUAACGCCCUGCAUCUUGCAAUUGGUGUCCCACGCCAAGCCAACAGUCAAUAAGGAUCAACCGCAGACCCCCCUAGACUUCCAGACGCAGAGCGCUAACUCCAAGCUGUCCGAGAUGGUCAACCUGCACUUCCUUAGUCUGUUGGAGGCGUUGAAGGACACCAAUUCCACAGUGCUGGGCAAACUGCUGCCAAUGUGGAGCCCCGUUCUCUCCUCACAGACUCAACUCUCGGACACGUUGCACGUCCGAUUGCAGAACGUAAGGGACUAUGCGCCCGACUACGAGGAGCAGCAAACGUACAAGUCGGAGGCUCUGCUCAAAUGGCUGCAGCGCUUGCAGUUCAAGAUGGGCCAAAUCGAGUUACAAGCAUCCACGGCCACGCAGUUCUAUUCAAUCUAAGUAUCCACAGAAUAUACACAGAAUAUAGUUAUGUAUGCAGUCUUAUUUAGUAAUUGUUGCCUACGCGA